UGCAGGAAAAAUAGGAUGUAAACUUGUCAUCAUCUUUUCAAAAAACCACAAUAUUUAUCUUUGGUAGCCUAUAUUAUAAUAUCUUAUAUAUAAGAUCAGCCUAUCUGAUGGUUAACAUAGUUCUAAAAGACAAUAUUCCUUCCAGUAUCUUCAUCCUAAAAUGUUUGCCCAAAUCCACUGUAAGUCAUCAAGGGUAAUAACAUCAACACUACUGCUAGCUAGUGGAUAAAGCACUAGCCGUGUUCAGGUUUCCUAUUAUCUUAGUUUUUACUGUAUCCACAGAAAAAGAGAAAACUGUUCUACAAGAGAUUUCUCAGUACAUCUUCAGUUCCAAGAACAUCCCUUUACAGAAGAAAAGUUACUGAAAAGAUUUGUCUUGCAGAUCAUAGUAAUGCAGAUACUUACCAAGAAGUGGAUAGAGAGACACAGGAGGACAGAGAGGACGAUGGCGGUAGUGGACAAGAGGACAGAGAGGAAGAUGGCGGAAGUGGACAUGACGACAGAGAGGAAGAUGAUGGAAGUGGACAUGACGACAGAGAGGAAGAUGAUGGAAGUGGACAAGAACACAGAGAGGAAGAUGAUGGAAGUGGACAAGAGGAAAGAGAGGAAGAUGAUGGAAGUGGACAAGAGGAAAGAGAGGAAGAUGAUGGAAGUGGACAAGAACACAGAGAGGAAGAUGAUGGAAGUGGACAAGAGGAAAGAGAGGAAGAUGAUGGAAGUGGACAAGAGGAAAGAGAGGAAGAUGAUGGAAGUGGACAAGAGGAAAGAGAGGAAGAUGAUGGAAGUGGACAAAAGGACAGAGAGGAAGAUGAUGGAAGUGGACAAGAGGACAGAGAGGAAGAUGAUGGAAGUGGACAAGAACACAGAGAGGAAGAUGAUGGAAGUGGACAAGAACACAGAGAGGAAGAUGAUGGAAGUGGACAAGAACACAGAGCAGAAGAGAGGAGCCAAGCCGGAAAUCAAGAUUCAAACCAAUGGAAGAAACACCAUAAUGACGAUCCUGUGUACCCAGGUGCUCCCCUCACAAAAGGACAGAGUCUGCUCUUACUCAUGUCAUAUGUACUGAGGCACAAUUUGACAGGAGUAGCUCUUCAGGAUCUUCUUACAAUGUUUAAUGAACAUUUCCCUGGCUUGGUGCCAGCAACCUCAUAUCUUUUUCAUAAAGCGUAUGGACAGUUUGGCCACUAUGUGCCCCAUUUGUAUUGUAUCAACUGUGAAAGCUAUAUGGGAC